CACACAGAUCAACCAGCCAUAAACAUGUGCUCCGCAGGGUCUUGUCUAGCGUUUCUCAUAGCUCAAGUAGUUUUCCUAAUGAACUACAGCGAACAGCAAACCACAGCAAUUAUGGAAAACGGUGCAACGUUCGAAACGGAAAUUAACGUCGAUGAAGUUAUGAAGAAGUUUGUCAUUGAAUUUUAUACGAAACGAUUCGUAGACGGCCAGAAUAUUGUCGUCGCUCCUCUUACAAUCUAUAGAGUUUUUAUGUCACUGUACGGAUCGAUGGACGCAUCUGCAAAAUUCGACCUCCACUCAUUGGCUGACAUUCCACAGGAUGUCAGUCCGGAGAAAAUGACUGAAAUCGAACAUUAUGUUCGUAAUCACACCCUACCAGUAGGUGACAAAUUAUCGCUAGCGGAAACCAGACUCUACUUUGAUAAAUCCGUUGGUAAAGCGCGAUCAGAUUUCGGAACUAAUAACCUGAAACCAAUUGCCACUCGUUUAACCGAGAAACAGGCGUUCUGCCAGCAGGUCAACGAUUGGAUCAGGAAUCCACCCGUAAAUGGUACGGAUGAUUUGGUCCACGAUUACGACUUGAACAAUGAGACGCAAGCUUUCAUAGUUGGAGCACUUUCAAUUGAUUGGGACACACAGCUGCAUCCAUCAUCCGAUGACAAGCGAUUCCAAGGGGAAACGGUGAAAUAUCUGGAGGGGAGCAUUUCUACGGGAUAUGCAAAGCUGGAAAAUCUAAAAGCGGAAGUAGUGGAGUUGACCAAUGAUAGACUUGUCGGAGUCAAGUUGUGGAUUAUUAUGCCCGACAAAGCAUCUUCCAUCAAAGAAUUCAAUGAUCAAUUAAGUGUAGAAUCAAUUAGACAAAUUGAAAGGGGGCUGACCGGACAAAAGGUGGACGUGAAACUGGCAUUGCCAAUGGUGACCAUUGAGUACAACUCUCAGGAAGAUGCCUACGUGAUGGAAGUGUUUGAAGUGUUCAGUUCCCUUUUCACUAAACCUUCGGUCAAACUGGUCGAUGGCAAGGACGAUUUGUAUUCCAUCAAGAAUUUCCUAAUGAAGUGCAUACUGCGGGUCGUCGGAGAAGACACUGCAAAAUCAAAAGCACAAACGACGACCGGUGCAGCAGCGGUGACAUUCGACCGACCAUUUGUGCUGAUGAUUCUAUCGAAGGAUGGCAGCGUGCCACUGCUGAUGGCUAAUUACUUCUCUCCAACGGACAAGCUAAGGGCGCUGGAGGCAAUGGAGCGGCGUAUGAAGGCGGCAGCCAAAGAGCAUAUGGAUUUGUGACAGUUGUGCCUUGCAGCUAUCGGGGAAUGGCUUCGACUAUUGUUGGAGUUAAAUAUAAUUGAUCACAAGGCAAUCACAAAGUCGUGAUUUUAUGAAAUAUAAGUUAAUAAAAAACAAAUCUUGGCUGUUGAAACCUUUUUAAGAAUUGUGAUUGGAAAAUUAAAAAUACCUAAAUAAAAUCGAAACUCUCUUGAGAUGUUUGGGUUUCAAAUUCAUCACAAUUUACCUCAAAACGACAUUUCCGAUCAAACAAAGUUUGUACCGGCUCGAUUUCCUAUUUUUUAUCAUUUAAUCUAUUCUCAAACUGUUUUUCAAAUAUAUUUUUUUAUCCAACUAACAAAACUGAUAGCCUUAGGAAGGUUCUAAAAAUAAUGCUUUGACAAAAUUUGAGCUGGAUAAAUCAAUGUCAAUGACUUCUUCGGUAUUGUGUCUAGAGCCAGAAGUUUGUUUUAGUUACUGGAGUGUCAUGGUUAUAAGAAGGAUUAUAUAAUUUUGUUAAAAAAUG